UAAAACAUACAUUUGUAGUAAAUUUCUUGAUAAGAUAUCUCAUAUUGUUUUGACCAUUUUAUUUGUUUAUUUGCUAAUAACAAGUGCAAACAUUAGAAAAUAUUUCUGGUAGUGUGUUUCUGCAAAUCGUUUAAAAGAAAUUUUAUAUUUAUAACGUUUCUUCGACAAUGAAUGGUUCAAAUAUAAAUAACGGUGAACGUCUACAACCCUCAACUUCCGGUUCAACAACAAUUGUAAAGUAUGAAAAAUCUUCUUGUUUAUUUUGCAAUGAAUGGUUUGAUUCACAAACAUUUACGGAACAUCUAAUACACUGUGGCCAGGUGCUGGAACAAUGCCCAAAUACCUGCAAUGUAUUUGUGCCCAGAAUACGUAUGCGAGCCCAUCUCAAGGAGUGCCCACGUAACAAACGCAGAAGUGCCAGUUUGGAGAGAGUAGAUCAACAGGUCGAUCAUCGGGUGCAAGUGGUGGAGAAUGAAAUAAACACUUUGCGAUCAGUGUUAAAUGAAGAGAUACGCCAGCGUUUGCAUUUGAUCACAGAUGUGGGAAAUUUAAGAAAACAAAAUCAAAUACAUGACGAAUGGAGUCACACAACGGAGGAGAAUAUUAAAUCCAUGCAAAAGCAAUUGCAAGAGGAAAACACACAGCGUUGUUUUGAAGUGGAGCAGUGUCAGCAGGAUUUUCGUUAUUGUUACGAUAUAACGCAGUCCUUAAAAACCGAAAUUCAAAAUGAAAUCGAUGAUCUGGAAAAGCAUAUCAAUCAAAUGUCCUUGGAAGUGACGCAACAUCAAAAUCAUUUAAAUGACAAUAUAAUGAAAUUGGAGGAAACAGUAGUGCAGAAUGAGAAGAUCAACAGAGACAAAUUUAUAGAAAUUGACAAAUUUCUUCAAGAGAUAAAUGUGGACAUUAACACAAAACUCACUCCCAAUGAUAACAAUUCUGCCAAGAAUGCUGCCCUGGACCUGGAGGUGAAAAGCAUGAAGCAUAUUGUUUGUGAAACUGAGGAACGUUGUGAUAAAUUGGAGAAAUUAAUGGUUAAAACUGAUUAUGAUUUACAUCACACAAUGCAGCUGGUGUCCGAUUUGGAAAAUCAUAUUGCCACUCAACAACGUUUGACUAGUUAUAUCAAUUCGAGAGGUCACUUAAUUUGGAGAAUUAAAGAUUUCUCAAAAAAACUGGAAGAAGCUAAGCAAUACGAUACCAUUUUACAUAGUGCCAUGUUCUCCAAUAAACCCUUUGGCUACUCCUUAAGACUUGAUAUCUAUUUGAAUGGCAAGGGAUCGUGGAAGGGACGCAAUAUGAUAGCCUGUUUAAAUGUUAUAGCUGGUGAAUAUGAUCCUUUGUUAUCGUGGCCCUGUCGCUUGCAGGCUGAGAUGGUAAUACGCGAUCAAACAUAUAAUCAAGGUGAAACGGAAGAUUAUAUUAAAACGGUGAAUGUACGCAAGAAAAGUGAUGAUUAUAUACAAACCAAACAGUUUUUCCAUAUACCCCAUGCAGUUCUAACACAGCGUAAUUAUAUUAAGAAUGAUAGCAUUUUUGUGGAGGUGAAAAUUUUGAAACAAUAGUUAGAGUUUUAUUAUAUAUUAAGUUAUUAAGUUUUGAAAGCAAUUCCUUUAGUGAUAAUUAAGUUAGUCUGUAAAACGAAAAACAGAAAUUUUUUAUUUAAGUUUUUUAUAACUUUUUAUUUUAUUUUUAUGUAUGUUUACUUUAGGAAUAAUAAUAAAGGACAGUAUUUAAAUAAAACAUGAAUAAAUGACAAAAAUAACAGAAAAAGUAAAAAUUAAA